AAGGAACACAAAUCAACCAAAAGUAAAAUGUGCACAAAUUCAGCAAUGACUCAAACAAACAAACAAACAAACAAAUAAAAUAAAAUAACAGCCGAAUGUACGUUUUGUUAUGAGAUUAUUAAAACAAUUCGACACAUUUCUAGACAUUUGGACUAAUUUCAAAUUUGAAAUAAUCUAAUAAAUCUGUUGGCAGUGAAAUGAAUAAAAAAGUCUAGACGCAUUUAAUUAAAAAUACAUUUCUAUUGAAUAAAUGUUCCUAUACUCAAGAUUCCACGAUUUUUUUUUUGGACUUGUUAUGAUUCUUUAUUUUGUUUUGGUGAGGCAUCGACAUCACCACGGUUCCGUGACACCAAACAAUCCGUUCAAAUCAAAACACCCCUCCUCAAGCAGAAGGUCUGACAGGACUAUGUCUCCUGAAGUCUUUUUCCUGACGCUGUGUCCUCUGUUCCUGAGCGCCUAUCAAGCUCCCGAAGACAAGGAGGACAUCUUUACCACCAGGUCAUGUCCUGCGUUCCUGGUGUUCGAUAACGCGGCGUAUGUGUCCGACAUGACCGUCGAGCUACCCUGUCACUGUAAACCGGCAGAUGCUCUCUCGGUGGUGUGGUACUAUCAGAAACACCUGGGUACACACAACACCAAGGUCCUCACCGACUUCUCGGGCACUGCGAUAACGGAUUCGUCCAAAGUCGAAAGAGAAGUGAACCUGCGCGAGCGUUUUUCGAUCCGUCUAUUCAGCCUGCUCAUCUUCAGGGCUCAGCAGGGCGACUCCGGGCAUUACGUCUGCGGGACGGCUUCGGGAGAGUUCUUCUACGGCUACGAUGUAGACGUUCAGGUCGCUCGAGACGUCCUCUUUCCCUGGAACCUCGACGAACGAAGAGCCGAACCCAAUAAACAAGAACUCAAAUCCGAUCCCAGUGAGCUGUUUCGAGUGUUUACCAGCUACCGGCCUUGGUCCGUGUGCGAUCGGUGCGACGUGCAAGGCGAGCAGGUCAGAGUGGGGCUCUGUUACGUCAUGAGCGAGUAUCUACACGUGCGCUACCUUCGAGAGAUCAGAAACGUGACCUCGUGCGGUUCCUCCGCGGUUCCUCGGCGCUUCGGGCUGAGCGGCGCCGACUACGGAGCCGAGCUCAGCGUCAGGAGUUGCGAAUCGUUCUGCCCGCCAAAACCUCCGUUGAAUCCUCAGAGACAAGCUCUGCUGGAGUUCCUCGGGUACGACAGUCGUGCUUCUCCAGGACUUCCGGUCUACUACCAUAACCAUCCGACGAACACCGAUCUCGUCCUGUCGUGUCCCAAAGCGAGACCCCAGCACGCAGUGGCGUGGGAUAAAGGCUCUACGCCGCUUUAUCGCUCUCAGUAUAUGGAAGGAGUGGAUACGGACUCGCGUGUGUUUAUAGAUUUAGGUCACCAUCUUCACUUCAGACCUGUGAGAAUGGAGGACAAAGGGACAUACUACUGCUGGAUCCAAGGCAGAAAGGCUGCUGAGAUCAGACUCGGGGUGUAUACACGACUCGGACGCCAGCGCAGCAUCAGCGACUCAGAGGCUCUCUUCGGCCUCGGCGUCAUCCUUCUGUGCUACGCCGGUCUCACUGCUGUGUUUCUCCUCAUCCUGUCCGGUAGAUUCGUUUGCGACUUGAUCGCGGAACGAAGAGCCUCGCGUUAGCUAGCUUUCAAUAAAUAUAUUUGCAUUCUCUAUUGCCCUGGAAUUUGUUUAUUGUUUUAAUGACGGAUAAAAGACUAAGCAUCAUGAUGAAACAGUUUAAAACUAAUUUAGUCAGGAUUGGGAGUAAAACAA